AUGACGACGACAACGACGACGACAACCACCGAAACCCCACACCACACGCUCCCAGGCAUUUUCGCAUCUUCCACACCCGCGCCCGAGCUCCUAACCCAAGGCGCCGAAGCGCUGGUAUACAAGACGGGAUUCCUGCACGCCAAUGGCAGCGAUAAGGAACCCAUGGCCGCGGCGCUGAAGUUUCGCCCCGCAAAGCCGUAUCGCCAUCCGGUGCUGGACCGGCGCUUGACGCGGCAGCGCGUGCUCGCGGAGGCGAGGGUGCUGGUGCGGCUGAGGAGGGAGGGCGUGGCUGUGCCGGCUGUGCUGGCGUGUGAUUGGGAGGCGGGCUGGCUCCUCCUCGAAUGGAUCCAAGGGCAGACGAUCCGCGCCUGCCUCGACCAGUACCUGCACGCGAUGCACGCGCCGGCAGCCGAGCACGCGCCCCACGCCGACGGCGAGGAGAGGCACACGGCGGGCGACGAGGCGGCGCUCAGGGCCGCGGCGCCGGAGCUCUGGGCCCUGAUGACGCGGGUCGGGCGCGCCGUGGGCAGGAUGCACAGCGUGGGCUGCGUACACGGCGAUCUCACGACGUCGAACCUGAUGCUCAGGCCGCCGCAGGCUGCUGCCUCCGCGUCUUCCUCUGAGGCGCUGGCUGGCGCCGUCAUCAUUAUUGAUUUCGGCCUUGCGGCUCAGACCGUCCAGGAUGAGGACAAGGCCGUCGAUUUGUAUGUCCUUGAGCGUGCGUUUGGCAGCACGCAUCCGGCUGCUGCGCCGUUGUUCGGGGAGGUGUUGAGCGCGUAUGGCGCGAGUUAUUCGGGGGCCAAGGUCGUGCUAAAGCGGUUGGAGGAUGUGAGGCUGCGGGGCAGGAAGAGGAGCAUGCUUGGCUAA